AUGUACUUUUUUAGAAUUCUUUUGUUGUUCGCAAGCGUCACCUUUGCUGCAAAUGUUGCCUUGAGCCGGACUGGCUGGACUGCCACGGCCAACAGUUUCCAAAUUGGCAAUGAACCGACCAAGGCCUUGGACAAUGAUCCAAACACAUUCUGGCACUCCAAGUACUCGCCCGCCCCCAUUGCUCCUUUGCCCCACUGGAUUGUGGUGGACAUGAAAGCUACAUACAACGUCCAAGCAAUCAGCAUCCAACCGCGGCCCGCAGCCAAUACCAACGGCAGAGUCGGAGGCCACAAGGUUGAAGUCAGUACAGACAAUUCGAAUUGGCAGCUCGCUGCUCUCGGAACUUACAACAACGAUGCCGCCGUCAAGAAGACGACUUUUGUUACAAGGCCAGCCCGCUACGUGAGAAUCACGGCUACGAAGGAGGCAGAGGGUGCAAGUGAUUCCUCCAUCGCCAUAGCAGACAUCAACAUUUUCCAAGACACGGCUGCAUACGCGGCUCCCAUUGCAGGCAAAGGGCUAUGGGAGAAGACGGUCGACUUCCCUCUCGUACCCGCAGCGGUAUCCCUCCUGCCCAAUGGCAAGACGCAAACGGGCAUGUACGAUCCCGUCUCGGGAGAAUCCAGUCAACUCGAGGUGUCGCAUACAUAUCACGACAUGUUUUGCCCCGGCAUCUCGCUCGACUUUAACGGCAGAGUUGUUGUGACUGGAGGGAGUAAUGCGGCCAAGACGAGUAUAUAUGAUUAUGCAAGUAAUGCGUGGACGGGGGGUUCUGAUAUGAAGAUACAACGAGGAUACCAAUCCACCACCACAUGUUCCGACGGCCGCAUAUUCAACAUUGGCGGCUCCUGGAGCGGCGGAACAGGUGGCAAGAACGGCGAGAUAUACAACCCAGCCAGCAACACAUGGACUCUGCUCCCCGGUGCUCUGGUCAGCCCCAUGCUCACCCAAGAUAGAGGUGGUAUCUGGCGUGCUGACAAUCAUGCCUGGCUGUUUGGGUGGAAGAAUCAGACGGUGUUUCAAGCUGGGCCUUCGAUUGCCAUGAACUGGUACGAUACUGUUGGAAGUGGUAGCACGACUGGUGCUGGAAACCGGUUGAACGAUAUGGAUUCUAUGAAUGGUAUCUCGGUCAUGUACGAUGCCGUCGCUGGUAAGAUCCUGACUGCUGGCGGAGCCACGGACUACGAAAACGACCCCGCCCACCCAAACGCCCACAUCAUCACCCUCAACACCCCCAAAACCUCCCCCCCAGUCCAAAAAACCCAAUCCAUGACCCACGCCCGCAGUUUCGCCAACGCCGUCGUCCUCCCCGACGGCACCGUCCUCGUCACCGGCGGCCAGGCCUUUGCCAAACCCUUCACAGACGACGCUUCUGCCAUGGAGCCUGAGCUCUGGAGCCCAAGCACAGGAACCUGGACGCGACUGAACCCCAUGACCAUCCCGCGCAACUACCACUCCGUUGCCAUCCUCCUGCCCGACGCCACCGUGUUUAAUGGCGGCGGCGGUCUCUGUGGUACUUGUACCAUGUACGGCGGUACACCGGCGUCGAAUCACUUUGACGCGGAGAUUUUCGUGCCCCCGUACCUGUUGAAUGCUGAUGGGACGAGGCGGAGUCGUCCUGUGAUUACUCGGGUUGCGGCGACGGUUAGGCUGGGCGCUUCGCUGGGUGUGGAGACGAGUGUGGCUGUGGUGGGGUUUGCGUUGGUGAGGUUCGGGUCGGCGACGCAUACGGUGAAUACGGAUCAGAGGCGGAUUGCGUUGGUCAUGGGGGGAAGUGGGAAUAGUUAUAGUGUGACGAUUCCGGGGGACGCGGGGGUUGCGUUGCCCGGGUUUUGGUUGUUGUUUGCUAUGGAUGCGAGUGGGACGCCGAGUGUGGGCAAGGUUGUCAAGGUUACGUUGUAG